AUUUUACAAAACUACAUGUGGGGCCCGCGUAUAUGUUCCAGCUCCUUUCCCAUUAAUACCCCACGCGUUCAUUUCGAACCCAGGCUCGCUCUCCGCUCCUCCGCCGGGGACUUGAGAGGGCUUCUUCUCUCGCCAUCUGAUUCGAUUCUUCUUGAAGUUGUCUUAAUUCAGAUCAUCCAGAGCGCCAUGGGAACUGAAGACUCUAAAGACCUACUGAAAAACAUGGAUUGGAAAACAGUGGGUGGUGCUGUCCCUGGUCAACCAAGUGUGUCGGUCACAAAAAAGCGGCUUCCGAAGAAAAUAAGACAAGUCCCUGACUACUAUUUUCUUCCUCGGCGAUCAUUACCCUCUGCUAUUGCCGUCUAUGGCGCUCUCUGUGCAGCUGGAGUUGGUGCUGGGAUGCUAGUGGAGGUUUGGAUAAACAAAAAGAUUAAAGAGGAUGGCGGCGUUGUCUGGGAGAUGAACUGAAAGGGCUGAGCAUAUUUACGGGUGACAGUAGGAGGUGCUCUAAAGUUUUCUAGCAUACUCAGACGCAAAGAUGCUUUAUUAGCUUGAAAUGGAUUAUCUCUAACUGUAUACUGUAAUGAUGGCCAAGAUGUUUCCAUUUAUUUCGUUCCACAGGCAUUAUGCGGUGUAAUGUUUCUUUUUUAUCCCUAGUUUUUUAAGUCUUCACUGGAUUCUUCAUUCCUGGAAAUCAAGUAAUUUAUUACAGUUAUACAUGUUGCCUCAGCAAUUUUGACACUGA